ACCUGCAGCUCUGCCGCGGCAGCGUCCUAAUCCCUCCGGUAACUGCACCGGCACCGGCAGAUAUGGGGCGGCGGGGGAGCUGCCCGACCCUGCACUGCCUCCUGCUCCUGCUCCAGGCUGGUCACUGGCUGUGUGAAGGGGCAGCACUGUGCCAACCUGGCUUCACUGGGGAUACCUUCACCCUCACCGUGCCGCGGGACAGCGUGGUGGUGGGACGACCGCUGGGACGAGUGAGCUUUGUGGAGUGUGGAGAGCAGCGGCGUGCAGUGUACCUGUCGGAUGACACUCGCUUCAAGGUGAGCAGGGACGGCGUGGUCUCAGCCACCCGGCCCCUGCAGCUCCGGCGGCAGGAGAUCAGCUUCUCUGUCCACACCUGGGACAACACAGGCAAGAAGCAUUCGGCCAAGGUGACCCUGCGCAGGAGGUGGCACCAGCACCACCACCGCCAUCAGCAGGAUGUGGCACCUGGGGUGCUGACCUUCCCUGAGCCCGGCCAUGGCUUCCUCCGGCGGCAGAAGAGGGACUGGGUCAUCCCCCCCAUCAACUGCCCCGAGAACGAGCGCGGGCCCUUCCCCAAGAAGCUGGUGCAGAUCAAAUCUAACAAGGACAAGGAGACAAGAGUCUUCUACAGCAUCACGGGGCAGGGAGCUGACACCUACCCCGUGGGCGUCUUCACCAUCGAGCGGGAGACAGGGUGGCUGGAGGUGACCAGGCCGCUGGACCGGGAAGAGAUGGAUAAGUACUACCUCUACUCCCACGCCGUGUCAGCCAACGGGCAGUCAGUGGAGGACCCGAUGGAGAUCAUCAUCACCGUGACAGACCAGAAUGACAACCGGCCUGUCUUCACCCAGCAAGUCUUCACCGGCUACAUUGAGGAGAAUGCGAAGCCAGGCACGUCCGUGAUGACCGUGAGCGCCACGGACGCCGACGAUGCGAUCAACGUCAACAACGGCAUCAUUGGCUACUCCAUCCUCAGCGAGGAGCCCCAGGGCACGCAGCGGAUGUUCACCAUUGACCCAGAGAAGGGUGUCAUCAGUGUCAUUGGCACGGGGCUGGACCGGGAGACCACUCCCAACUACACACUGAUCAUCCAGGCUGCAGACCAGGAGGGCACUGGCCUCACCACCACAGCCACUGCCAUUGUGGAAGUCACUGAUGCAAAUGACAAUGCUCCCUUUUUCGAUCCCACUAUGUAUGAGGGGACAGUGAAGGAGAACGAGGCUGGGGCACUGGUGACACGGCUGCAUGUGAAGGACCAGGACCUGCAGGGCUCCCCAGCCUGGCAAGCUGUCUACCACAUCAAGAGUGGGGACCCAGAAGGCGACUUCAGCAUCACCACCGACCCCAAAACCAACGACGGCAUCCUGAGAACCGCCAAGGUGGGUCCUGUGCCGCGCAACCGCCCCGCCGCUGGCCACCUCCCCCUGGUGCUGCCCGGCUCCUCUCUCCUCCCCUCUCAGGGCCUGGACUACGAGAGCAAGAACCAGUACAGCCUGGUGGUGACAGUGGAGAACGCCGUCCCCUUCACCGUGUCCCUGCCGCUCUCCACGGCCAGCGUCCUGGUGACGGUGUCAGAUGAGAACGAACCUCCUGUCUUCAUGCCCCCGCUCAAGAAGGUGGAGGUGAGGGAGGACCUGCCAGAGGGCCACCAGGUCACCUCCUACACGGCCCAGGAUCCAGACCGGGACCUGAAGCAGACAAUCACGUACCGCAUGGGCAUCGAUGCCGCGGGCUGGCUGGACAUCGACCCAGUGAAUGGCAUCAUCACGGUGGCUCAGCCCCUGGACCGUGAGUCGGUGCACGCCAUCAACGGCACCUAUGAGGCCCUCGUCCUGGCUGUGGAUAGCGCAUCACCGCCUGCCACUGGCACGGGGACUCUGCUGCUCCUGCUCGAGGAUGUCAAUGACAAUGGCCCCACACCAGAACCACGGAGCUUUGACAUCUGCAGCCGGCAGCCUGAGCCUCAGACACUGACCAUCGUGGACAAGGACCUGCCCCCCAACACCUAUCCCUUCAAGGCUGACUUCAAGCAUGGCUCCAAUGUCAACUGGACUGUCAGGAUGAGCGGACAAGACACACUGGAGCUGAGGCCGCUGAAGGAGCUGGAGCCAGGGGAGCAAAAAGUGUACCUGGAGCUGUGGGACGCACAGGGCAAGUCACAGGUGACACCACUCAGCGUCCAGGUCUGUGACUGUGAAGGGCCGACCAAGAACUGUGAGCGACGUGCCUUUGUUGCUGAAAGCCUGGGUGUCCCUGCCAUCCUGGGCAUCCUGGGGGGCAUCCUGGCACUGCUGAUCUUGCUGCUGCUGCUGCUGCUAUUUGUGAGGAGAAGAAAAGUGGUGAAGGAGCCGCUACUCCCACCUGAAGAUGACAUGCGGGACAACGUCUACCACUAUGAUGAGGAGGGUGGUGGUGAGGAAGACCAGGAUUAUGACCUGAGCCAGCUGCACCGGGGCCUGGAUGCCCGCCCAGAGGUGAUCCGCAAUGAUGUGGCCCCCCCGCUGAUGGCCGCCCCCCAGUACCGGCCCCGUCCCGCCAACCCCGAUGAGAUUGGGAACUUCAUUGACGAGAACCUGAAGGCAGCUGACACAGACCCCACGGCCCCGCCGUACGACUCGCUGCUGGUGUUCGACUACGAGGGCAGCGGCUCGGAGGCCACCUCGCUCAGCUCCCUCAACUCCUCCGACUCCGACCGCGACCAGGACUACGACUACCUCAACGACUGGGGCAGCCGCUUCAAGAAGCUGGCCGACCUCUACGGGGGUGGGGAGGAGGAUGACUAGGGCACCCCAGCCUUGGCACUGGCUUGGCCAGCAGCUGCCUGGUGCAGGCAGCUCACCUCAUUUCACCCCACCAGACUCAUGAUGGGUCUUUGCUGAACCCUCGCUCCAGCACCCCUUCACCCUGGUGUCCACAUUCCCCUCAUUGUGUGCA